GAAAAAAGCUGGGGACGAUACUUUUCACACUCAAAAUGAUCAAUUAAUGGAAGUAGAUACUAAAACGAUCGUGGUUGACCCAUUGAAGCCGAAGAAAGAUAAAUUCCCAAGUAACACAGCAGCCCAAAAAUCCAUUUGUUGUAGCGUAGCAAAUAAAGAGGAAAAGUUGGCUUGAAAAGAAAGUGAAUCAUCGCCAUGUGCCAAAGGCAAUGUUGAUGAACCCUUGGAUUCGAAAGGGACAAAAACAGUGAACAGGAAGAGUACGGCAAUGGAGGUUGAGACUAUUUGGGAGACCAAGUUUGCGAUUGAUUUGAUGGCUCCUCCGCCCUUGCCUUCAUCCACUGAAAGAGAUGGUUUGGUUUGUAUGGUGUUCGAUCCUAAAUGUACGACCCAGAAUGUUCAAAAGAAGAGUGAGACUCAUGAAUUGGAUGAUCCAUUAGCAGUUAUAAUGCAACCCGAAGAGGAAAAAAUCGGAAUAAUUGGUGUUAAGCAAAAAUUGCCAAACCUUGAUACAGAGAAGCCUUAUCCUGAAAUUUCAAGUAGCAUUGGCCCUAGUAAAUCACAACAGCAGGGUGGGAACGAUCAGAAAAUUCGAUGUAAAGUCCUCCAGAAUUAAAUUUCUAAUGUAAUUGGGUUGUCCUUUUCGUAGUACAAUCUUCCUUAUUACCUUUCCCAAUUGCUACGAGUAGCUGGCUUGGUGUUCUUCCUCAUUCGGGGUGUGAAUUCUCUACCUACUACGUCCUCUAUCAUUUUUCCAGUUGGCAUGGCCCAUUGUUCAACAAGUUAUAUUCAGACUUGUGCCUUCUCUGUAGACAGUCAAUACCAUAAAUGGAAGUACAAGAUCUUCAACCGCAUUUCAAGUGUCUUUUCUUCUUUCCUUUGCUACCUCCUUUUGAUCUCUCACAGCCUCGGUCAAAGAUAUGCACAACACAUCAGUAUAUUGCACUGAACAUUCGUUAUCAUCAGCAACUUACCGAGAAGGCUCUGUGGUCUGGUGCAGCUGCUCCUACUUUAUGUGGAGCGAAGACAUUAAAUCUUAAUUCUAUGCAACAAACAGAGAAGUUGAUACUUGGAAACCUGUUACGAGCAGACUAUUUUCCAGGAGGUCAGAAUUCUACAAUUAAAGGAGACAACGGAAAAGAUAAAAGCUUGGAAGCUGUUGCAAGUUUGGAUAAAUCGAAAAGCAGAAAGCAUGUCCUUCAACAAGAUCCACCGCAAGUCCCUGCUGCAUGGCCCUGCUUUUAUCUUUCCACUUGAUCAUCGUCAAGCAGUCACCAAUAAUCAAUCCGGAACUUUUCAAUCUGAUUCUAUCAUCGGCAACACAUCUUUGUCUACUAAUUUAGCUGCGGGACUCCUUUUA